CUAAUAUCCUGGUCAGAUCACAUGGGGAUGGGCGUGGAGAGGUCGUGCCCUUUGAACUCUUUCCGCUGCGCUGACGGGCGGUGCAUCCCCUCCUCGGGCUUGUGUAACGGACGCAGUGAGUGUGUGGACGGGAGCGACGAGAGAAACUGCACCAGUGUGGGGAGGACCGACGGCGAGAGGACGUGCCCUUUGAACUCGUUCCGCUGUGCCUCGGGUCAGUGUGUGCCCAUGGCUGGCGUCUGCGAUGGACACAGAGACUGUUCUGACAACAGUGACGAGAACGACUGCAACACUGAAGAGAGGAGCAGCACAGACCCGCUGUGCUCCCUGGACUCUUUCCACUGCGCUGACGGCCGCUGCGUCCCCCUCGUGGCAGUGUGUGACGGAAGGAACGACUGCUCCGACCACAGCGACGAGAACAACUGCACCAGCUCUGAGAGAGGCCUGCCCACAACCACCUGCUCCCCCAAUCACUUCCUCUGUGGGGACGGGCAGUGCAUCCCAUUGGCUGGAGUCUGUGACGGACAGCUUGACUGCUCCGACCGGAGUGACGAGGCUAACUGCAUGAACGUGGAGAGGGGGGUUGCAGAGCCCACAUGCUCCCCAAACGCCUUCCGUUGUGGCGAUGGUGUGUGUGUCCCGUCCAGCGCGGUCUGUAACGGACAGGUGGAGUGCCCUGACAGAAGCGAUGAGGCAAACUGCACGAAUGUGGAGAGGGGCGUUGCAGAGCCCACAUGCUCCCCAAACUCCUUCCGUUGUGGCGAUGGUGUGUGUGUCCCGUCCAGCGCGGUCUGUAACGGACAGGUGGAGUGCCCUGACAGAAGCGAUGAGGCAAACUGCACGAAUGUGGAGAGGGGCGUUGCAGAGCCCACAUGCUCCCCAAACUCCUUCCGUUGUGGCGAUGGUGUGUGUGUCCCGUCCAGCGCGGUCUGUAACGGACAGGUGGAGUGCCCUGACAGAAGCGAUGAGGCAAACUGCAGUGAGUAUCUAACCGCUACACAUUUACGUUUAACUCCUACCUGCACAAGAAUGGCAGAAUGA